AGAACUCGAAGUCGUUAGCAUCAUUAUCGAUGGCUUUUGUUCUACCGAACUAUACCUGAGAAGUUACCUCGUGGUCCAAAAGCGCCUAAAGAAGGUGCAACCGAAUGCCUCAUAUGGCAGUUGUUUUCAGUCACUUCGAAAAGACGCGUAGCCACACUCUAGAGGCGUAUUUAUUGUGAGUGGAUCUUCAGGUUCAGAGCAUUAUUGAGCACAAUGUUGCUUCCAAACCCGGUCCUUCACACAGUCAACAGCUCGUCCGAAUGGCCUACGGUGCUACGGCCUAUUACUCAACUCUUGCAUCAGCAACCGCCUGCGUUCGUUUCUUCCGCGCCACGCCCUCCAACCUCCAGUUCCGUUCAAGGCUUACUCGAAGAACUAGGGGCUCGAAGCGGCGCGCUACCAGCUGAAUUUACUUGUUCUAACCAGAGUACUCCUUCUGCUCAGGCCUUCAGGGAUGCCUUCAACCUCAUUCUCCUUACUGUUGCAAGCAUGCGCCAAGUCGCGGGGCAAGAAUCUCACAAGGCAACGGAACCUACUAGAUCUCUCAUGUGCUUUUUCGUCAAAUCUCUCGCUCACCUGAUGCGAAGUUCCGCCGUAAUAUUGACCGAGGAACCGUUCAUCCUUCCACGUUUGGAGAUGAAUGAAAAUUUCUUAGAACAAGGAAAGUUUGAGGGCCAUGCGGAACUCCUGAUAUCGCACCUUUGGCUGGGAAGUGGCGCCUCGUCUGACUCAUUUUCUCAAUCUGUAUCCGAGUCAGCGGCCGCGGCACAGUCUGUCAAUGAUGCUGAGCUCGGGAGCGACAAUGCCGACGAAGACAACCAAGACGAAGAUGAUGAUGAAGAGGGAGAAAACGAUAUGCGAGAGGAGAAUCCACUCAGAACAGGUCCUUCCGAUGUUGGCUUACCUUUCGAUGCACAUAUGAUUCUUGGGAGAGGCGUUCGGUCAUAUCUCAUCUUGCCUAUCCUCGUAGUUGCUGACUACGACAACAUCAUAUCCCUCAUGGCUAGCACGCUCUACCAGAGGCACGUUUGCGGCAUACGAGACCCUGUUGUUGGCCUGGCAUUCGCCAAGUAUGGUACCGUUGCCCAGGUUUUUCUGGGCUGGGUUUCAUAUACGGAUUUGGAGACUCCCGUACUGCACAUCUCACGAGCGUCCAAACAUGCGAGUUUGAUGCCUUCUCUGGGAAUCUACGAUUUGAAGAAUCCGUGGUCCGCAUGCGCCUUAGCGCAAUUCAUGUUAUCUCUUCAACAUCACUUCCAAGAAGUCGCGGAAGCCACGACUGCAUUCCACAUUCGGCCUUAUUGUUGGCGUCUUGACCACAAUGACAACGAGGACGAAUCAGAUGCCUCACCAUCAGAUGAUUCUCUACGGAAUAGGAUUGUGUUGUGGUGUUCCCAUAUCGACAUCGAUGCUCCUACUACCCGUCCCCCGUCCCCGUCCCCUCCAGUCGAGAUGUCUAGUUCAAACUUACUGAAACCUCCAACUAUCACUUUUGCUAGAAGCCAUGGUUCAUCUGCUCAGGAUACUGUCUCUGAACAGGCUGCAAGUGUGCAUCCCGGAAGUGUUAUGUCAUGUUCAGGAUACAACAGGCAACCUGCUCGCGAUUUGGACCAGCCUAAAGGUUCAAUUGCCAGCUGGUUGUUCGAACGCAGGUCUAUUCUCGCCUCGAGGAGGAAGAUAAAGCCGGGUGGUGUCGCACUCGCCGAUGAGACAAGCAAAGAUGAAUUGCGUGAUUUUGAGGUGAAGCUGGACGAGUUCUGCAAGCCAUUCACAAUCAUAUGGCCGAGAGAAUGGAAAAGCAAGGACGAUAUUCCGAUCAAGUCUGAUUCCCUACAGCAGGCAAGAGACGCCCUCUGGGAGCAAUACUUAGAGUUCCAAAAUCGACAUGAUGUUCAAAUUGAAGACGUUGACCCGGAAUUCCUUCUUAUUCUCCUCGACCGCUUUGAUUGCAUCCUCUGGUCGUCCGUCAGGGCGUGUGCAUCUAAGGUGCACAAUGAACCUGAGCUGAAGAUUCGCAAUGUCCUUGAGCUUGAGAAACGUUCACCAUGGGACGUCCUCCUUCAAUUGUUCUACAUCAGAACGACGGAGGAAUUUGUUUCUCCUUAUGUACACUUAGAACGAAAGAUCACUUUGUCAGUGAAUCCAACGGCGCGCCAAUUGAAGGAAGGUAAACCAGUUGACGACGUCAAGCGAGAUCUGGUCUCUUUAUCGCGGGAUAUCAUGAGUCGCUGUGUGGUCGAAAUGUCGGGGGCAAUGUACGAAACCUACAACGGGGCAUUACUUAGCGAGGUUUUUGCUGCCCACCAAAGGGCCCAGAUCUCUAACGUGCUGGUCCAGCAACUCGCUACAAAUCUGUCUGAUGCUGAGUUCAAGACUUUCAUACUCAAUCGGGCAUCCGAGGAACCCCAUGAAGGUAUAUGCGAUGCGGUGGUCGUGACACCUUUCAAAGUUCCAAAGACGGAUCAUUCAUUGGAGUCAUUCAUACCCUUCGUCGGAAAUGCCACAGAUGGUCCAGAGGAUCCCCAUUUCGACUAUGACGCCAUACUGAAGAGGAAAGAGGAGAACCAGAAGUCGCAGAAAACCGUGUCUUACAAGAAGACCAAGGUGCGAAUGGACAUUGGUGUAAACGAGAUGAAGCGGUUGCUGAAAAACCCCCUUCGAGUCUCGUCUGACACACGAGGUGUUAAAAGUUCUAAUUUCAGUGGCAAGUAUCGUGUACCGAACCACUUCCACAAGGACAAAUUCGUCCUCUUACCUCGAUUGUUGGCCGAGUAUAAGAAGACUGACAAUGAGGAUAAAGGUCUGCACCAAGAUUUCAUGUAUAUUGUAUCUGCGACGAAUUUCCUCGCAUCUUGCGGAGUCUACGACUAUCCCGUCUAUGGCCUUACCACAAAUGGUUCUGUGGGAGGAGUCAUGAUAGUUUGGCAAUCGAAGAAAUUCAAGAAAGUCAAUGUCAUCGAACGUCAACUUCCUACCUUUGACAUUGCCGAACCAUUCCAGGCCUACCAAUUCGUCACUUUUCUUUUGAAGUUACGGAAGAUGGAUGAUCUACUUGAAGAGUUGAUUGACGAAAGGCGCGGGCCUUCAACACAUUCCCGGACCUUACGUAGCCACUUCGUUGAUGAGUGCAAGGAUGGUUGUCCGCAAUGGGCGCAGAAGUGCGAUUUCGAGAAAAAGACGACGAUGACUGACAAGAAAAAACAGCAGGGCGGCCAGGAAUGAUAUCUAUGCCUGAGUACGUCGUUGACAACGACUCCGAGCCUCUUCUCAGUUUGCCUUAUGUCGCGGAAUGUCUUUGUUAAUGUCAUCAUAUGUGUCUCGUAUAUCCUGCUUUUGUACUAUUAGAACGUGUAGUUACAACUCACUACCGAAUGAUGCCUACUUACAUAUCGUACUGUUGAAAGCGAUGUACUAGGCUCCGGUCAACUUAAGAGACACCUAGAUGCUGUAUGUUUGACAGCUCAGCAUUCCUCGCUGCUGGGUCGCAUAAACGAUCGCAUGUAUUUUUUGUUUUGUCACGGGCGGAGGAACAACUGUGGUCCUGGUUAACAACCGUGAGACGAGGCGGGCCGUUUGCGCUGGGUAUAUGUGGGCCCCGCACUGAAAGAAUGCAACACAUCGACGUUCGAACGUUUAGUCAUACAUUCUAUACACUGUUUGGGAAUCCUCUAAUCUCUAGGUAUGGUCUCGAUAAUCUUAGCCACAAGGUUCUUC